AGAUACACCUUCCUUGAAAUCAAAGCUCCCAUACCCCUUCCUUAAGUCACAGUUUAUUUCCCCAACACUAUCGGAUAUUCCCAAAAUUAGGGUUUUCUUUCUUUGUCCCGUUCGACUUACACCCUUCAAGUUCCAAUCUCAAUUCUAUACAUACAGAUAAGGUUCUUCUUCUUCUCUCUCUAUCUCCAUCUUUCCUCACUACAUCAAUACAUAAUCUUUCAAGGAAUUUGUAUGUUAUACAGAGGACAGAAAUUAGGGAUUAAUAGAUGAUAUUAGCUGUUUAUGAUGAUUAAAUCUCACAACAGUUGUUUCAGGGUUUAAACUUUUAAGAUAAUGCCAGCUGGUUCUCUUUCUAAGUUUAAUAUCCCUCUUGGUUUCGGCUUUCGAAAAGGGAUUAAGUUGCAAAUAAAGAACCAGGUUCAGCCGAGGAACGGUUUGUUAUUAAAACCGGGGAAAGAUAUUGUUCGAAAAUCAGAUUUCGAGUUUGGGAAUUUGUGGGAAGAUUGUCAAGUUGCAGGUGUUGUAAAGUUGCAUUCUUGUAUUUUUGGGUAUAAUCGGAACGCUUAUUUUACGAGAACUAUGGCUACUUCGGGUUCGGUGUCUGCGUCUGGGGAUUUGAUUGUGGAUAAUCUUAUUUCGAGUUGUGGUAAUGUGUCGAGUUUUGCUAGACCCGUUGGUCAUUUUGUGGAAAGGAACAGGAGUUUUCAUGCGGCUAGUUUGGGUAUGAAAAGUAAGGAGCCGAAUAAGAGCCAUGGAGUUCAUGGGUAUUUUAUAUUUGGUGUUACGCACAAGGGGAGCAACGUUAGUACGUUUGGUGGGCAGUUGGGAAGACGAUAUAACACUUCUUCUUCAACGUGUUAUUCGGAGGGUGGCGUUUCAGAUGGGGGACUUAAAGAAUCAUCACAUGAUGAACCUAUUGCUAGUCUUGCUAUUGAAGUCGAUGGGAAGGGCGUGCAUGGUAAAACCCUAAAACUACUAUCAGGAUCUUCAUACCUACCACACCCUGAUAAGGAAGCAACCGGCGGUGAAGAUGCGCACUUUAUAUGUGUGGACGAACAAGUAAUCGGUGUGGCAGACGGAGUUGGUGGCUGGGCGGAUGUUGGUAUUAACGCUGGGUUAUAUUCCCGUUCACUAAUGUCCAAUUCCGUAAAAGCAAUACAAGACGAACCGAAAGACGGUAUUGACCCAGCCCGGGUCUUGGCUAAAGCCCACUUAGCCACAAAAGCUAAAGGCUCGUCUACCGCAUGCAUCAUCGCUCUAAAAGAUGAGGGUCUUCACGCCAUCAAUUUGGGUGAUAGCGGGUUUGUUGUGAUCAGAGACGGGUGCACUAUCUUUCACUCCCCUGUACAACAACACGACUUUAAUUUUACGUAUCAGCUUGCGAAUGGGAAUGAAGGCGAUCAACCGAGCUCUGGUCAAGUUUUUAAGAUUCCUGUGGAGGUGGGUGAUGUGAUUGUGGCGGGAACCGAUGGGUUGUUUGAUAAUUUAUAUAACAAUGAAGUAACAGCGCUGGUGGUUCAAGGGGUGAGGUCAAGGGUGAGCCCUGAGGUAAUGGCGAAAAAUAUUGCUGAGUUGGCACGUGUGAAAGCGCUGGACAGAAAACGACAGUCACCAUUUUCUGCUGCGGCUCAAGAAGCAGGUUUCCGUUAUCAUGGUGGUAAGCUUGACGAUAUAACCGUCGUGGUGUCGUUUGUCACUGGUGAGUGAGGUUUUUCUGUACGUCAUAGGGGGCAAAGUUUAGUGAAUUUUGGAUGAGACUCAUGUUUUUUCGUUUGUCACUGCUUUUAAACAAUCUUUUGCUUUCCGUGAAUUUGCUUUGUAUUUGAGUAGCAUAACGCAUGUUACAAUGUGAGUUAACGGGGGUGCUGAGAUUGAAAUAACAGAACACGGUUUAUUUUACCUUAUUCA